AUGAAUUGGCAAAAGGUGAGAAGCACGGAGGGCUCCGCGAUCUCUCGGGCUGGGAAUCAGUGGGGAGGAGGAGCUCGCUGGGCCGCCACUAGCACACUGGCCGAGCCCGGAAAGCCAGGAACUGAAAGGGUCGCUCUCCGGGCUCUUUCCCUUCCGUCCCUUCUACGGUGUCUUGAGGAGGGCCGAGAACGGUGGCGUAGGACGCGGUUAGGACACCAGGUCUCUAAAGUCGGGAUGGAGAGGGAAGUACGCAGAGAGCUGGCUAGGAGGAACCCGAGUGGGCGUGGAGGGUACGAGGGCAAGAAAGGAAACUUCCCUUCCUCAAGGAGGGUCCUGAAGCCUCCUUUCCUCACGCCCCCCCCCCCACCUCCCCGUCCUCCCCACCCUCUGGCUAUUAGUGUGGCAACCGGGAGCUUCUGUAAUUCGACGCCCGGGAGAGGGGGUCCGAGCCUUGGGAGCCAGGCUUGCUGGCCAAGGCUGGGGGUGGCCUGGCUCUUCGCCCUCCCUCUCUCCUCGCUCUCCGCCCCUUUCUCCUCCCCACUCAGCUUUGCUCUGGGAGCCCUACGGGAUCCGGAGUAA